CUGGCCACAGCUCCAUCGCCCCGCCUUGCACCAGCACCUGCAUACACUGUCUCUCCCCGCCGUCACUUGCUAAGGUGGAGAAGAGGACGGCGAAAAAAAAAAAAAGGAUAAAAAAAAGUCCAGGGACAGUAUUUUUGUUGGUUGUGUAGCGCUGCGGCUACGAGCCUCAGUCAUUACAGGCGAAUUAAUGUCGAUUAUUUUCUGUGUUCGUAUACGUGUGUUUUGUCAGCGAAAAAAAAGCGAGUUGCGUUUUGCUUGCUCAAGAGAUUCCUUGUGCAAAGCAAAGGGAAGAGCGUGGGUGAGCAGAUCUAGCAGCAACAGCAGCAGCAGCCCUCAUGUUGCCUAAGUGGAUGGAGUGGCAGGUGCUGGCGGCGGCGGUGGUGGUAACCGUAGUAAUCCCUUCUGCAGCAUCUGCCUUCUGGGAUAUCGCGCCCACCCCACCGGAGACCUGUCCUGGCGUGCGCACUUUCCUUGCCGCCCCUAGCGACGUGUACAUCAGCGGGUUGCUGGCAGUGCAUGAUGGUGGGAGAUGUGGUCUGGUUGACCCCGUGGCGGUGCAGCUAUUGGAGGCCGCUCGCUGGACCUCCUUCAAGAUGGGGCAGAUCAACUUCAUCCCAGGCGUGAGUCUUGGUGUAAAUGUGUAUGACACGUGUGGUGGUCGAGAAGCGACGCUGCGGGCGGCGGUGUCGGCGGUGGUGGAGGGCGGCUACUUGGAUCCCCCUCACUGCCGCCCCGCCCCCCACGUGGGUGUGCUGCAUACCCAUGUGGACCAUCUCCAGCUGCCCUCCUUUCUGCAGGAUGUGGGAGUUCCUUCGGUGGGCGUCGAUGAGGAGGAUUUCUUGCCGCAACUGGAGGCCCUUAUGCCCCUCCUGCUGCGGGUGAACUGGACCUCCGUGGGUGUCGCCGCUCCUUCCAUCCAGGUACUGCGGCAGUUUGGUCACAUGGCGGCCAGGUACCGCAUCUGCGUGGGAGCUGAGACACUGUUGCCCUCCGUCACAAGUGAUCAUCAGACAUCCCGCUCGACGCUGCAGACGCUGGAAGGCGGAGGGACGGGCGGCGUGGUGUUGAUUGGGCCACAGCACCGCCUUCAAUCCCUCCUUGCCGCCGCCGCUGCCCUGAACUUGACUAGUUUUCGCUGGCUGCUGGUGCCCACCGGACCUCUGCAAGAGCGGGUCUUCCAGGGCCUCAACUCGGUGGCGCAAGGUGUGGUGGCACUGCGGCGGGCCAGCCAGACAGUACCAGAAUUUGGGGAACAUUUCCUCAGCCUCGGAGCCUCUGCUGUGGACUCGACCCUCUACCCAAACUUGUCGCCGGGAGACUAUGUGGAGGAGCCUGCUGUGUUCCAGAUGGUGAAGGCAGUGUUCAAGAUGGGAUCGGCGGUGCGGCGCGCGGUGAAACAGCACUGUGGCAGCAGCGGGUGGUGUACUAACGCCACUUUGGACCUGACUGAGGUUGAGGACGAGGGUCUAGACGUGAUAGAGGAGCUCUCCAUCAAAGCUCAGAGACCCCGCUACGAGGUGUUGCGGUUGGAAGCUGACCAGGACGCCAAGCUUGCCUUUACCAGCGUCGGGCACGUGACUGCGGGGAAGCUGGAGUUGGAUCCCCGCGCUGCUGGUCUGCCGCAGUACUUGUGUAUGAACUGCCGUUGCCUCAACGUACGCUUCUCCUUCCUGGCUGAUCUGAGGUGGCGCUCGGAGGCGUGGGUCACCAUCUGCGCCACCAUGGCAAUCAUCGGCUUCCUCCUUGCCAUCGCCAUCAUGGUGUUCAUCUCGGUUCGCUCUUGCCGCGGCAAAGCAUCUGAGGGCUCCCAAGCCUUCUCUUUGCUACUGCUUCUGUCUUGCAUCUUUCUCUACGCCGCCAUCUUACCGUACAGCUUCGAGGCCAGCAGCUUGAUCUGUGCCUUGAGGCCCUUCGCUACCAGCCUGUCCUACGCGAUAAUGCUGGCGAUCCUGCUCGCCCGCUCCCUCAUGCUGGCCACGGCGGACUCUGAAGGACUCGUCGGCCACGUGAGUGGUUUGGUACAGACAGCGUUGCUCUUCUUCAUGGUGAGCGUGCAGGCCGGGCUCGGCGUGCAGCAGUGGGUAAUGACGCCACCGCAGACCUUCCUCACGAAGACGCCGCCAGAAGGGGGUGUUCUUUACUCCUGUUCCGGCGAGCGCCUCUACUUCCUUAUCGCUCAGGGUUACAUCAUGUUCCUCCUCAUGUUACAAUUGUUCGUCUCGCCCUUUACUGUCCGUUCCCGCCGUAAUUACCACGAGGGUUUGUUGUUCUUUAUAGCGACGCUGCUCAUCACGGGGGUGUGGGUCUCGUGGGCCACGCUUUUCAUGAUUCUACCGCCGGUGUGGGGUGAGGCAUGUGUGUGCCUCGGCCUGGCGGGAACAGCCACGUGCGUGCUGGUGGCGAUAUUUGUGCCUAAGACUUACCUCAUGGUGCGGGCGUCUGCCAGGGAGUCAGUACACAUUCGUCCUCUGUCACGCCCGCAGUCCAGCCACGAUCUGGUCCGAGCUUCCUCCCUCGCUCUGUACGACUCAAUCGGACACUUGCCAGAAAUGGUUCACGCUUACUCACCCGAUCCCACCGUGGGCCACUUCCCGCCCUACAAAGAGAAUCCCUACGAAGCUUAUUCCCAUUACCAGGCAUCCCCGCACAAGGUAACUCAGUUCUAAUCUAGUUCGACUUCAAGGAGCUGAAAGAACCGCUCUUACCCUUACCCAUCCGUUCACCUGCCUGCCUGUUGUACAUCCCGCCCCACCUCGUCCCGCCCCGCCCUGCCCACUCAUGACACAUUAUCAGCAUUAUGAGUAGUAAACAUGAGUGUGUUUCUAAUGUUUUAUCUCACGCGCGUGUCUCAUUUUCAUCCUCAAUAAGCACCGACGACGUGAAUGAAGUUAUUGCAGACGAACACAAGCGUCAUCACCACAUAAAGCAUCCUCGCUCCUCGACUUUGCUUGAGCUUUGAGUCCUCCUCCUCUCGCUCUGUUAGAAGUAAUACCUCACCUGACUUUCGCACCUUCACUUUCUCGGUGACUCUGUGGUAAGGGCAUCAGAAUGAUAUUUCCCAGACGAUAAAAUUUAUUCAGAAAAUGUAAGAUUUUGUGUAUAUAAUAAAAAAAUGAGUAAUUA